AGGGAAACAGAGGAAAACUGGAUUUAUUUUGCCCAUUGUGGCACUUGCUGGGGAUUGGGAUUGGCGGGGGUGAGGGAGCAAGGAGUGUGCAUGUUCCUGGAAAGGUGCAAGACAAGAGAAAAGAGAGAGAGUUGUGAAAAGCAAGGGAGGGUUGACUAAAAAAAGUAAGAGCACAAGAGAGGGAGGGAGGGGACGGAUGGAAGGCAGGCAGUGAGGCAGAUCUGGGAUCAUGGAAGGGAGGGAGGGAGGCAGAGAGAGACAGAGGGAGAGAGAGAGGGAGCGCUAACAUGCCGAAUGAGCAAGAGGCGGAGAGGAAGCAGAGCUCCAUCAGAUGAAAUGAGGUGAAAGUAAUUCAGGCAUUAAUCAAGUCGGGGCAAAAGGGAGGGUAUACUCUGUUUUCUCCCCCCGUUUUCGCUGCGGAACUGAGAGGCAAGGUGUGAAUGAAGGAGCCAGCAGUGGCAGGCAUAGAAGCACCACUGGGUCACAACAUCCAAUCAUGUCCGAGUCCAACACCAUUGCCGCUUCCACCACAGACCAGAAUGGUGCAGUUCCAGGUGAGACAUUGAAGAAGGAUGAAAACUCACGAAGAGGGAACUGGGGCAACCAGAUUGAGUUUGUUCUAACCAGUGUGGGCUAUGCUGUGGGUCUGGGCAACGUCUGGAGGUUUCCCUAUCUCUGCUACAGAAAUGGAGGAGGUGCCUUCAUGUUACCGUACUUUGUCAUGCUGGUGUUCUGUGGCAUUCCUCUCUUCUUCCUUGAGCUUUCAUUUGGUCAGUUUGCCAGCCUGGGAUGUCUGGGAGUCUGGAAGAUCAGCCCUAUGUUCAAAGGUGUGGGUUAUGGUAUGAUGGUGGUGUCGACCUACAUUGGUAUCUAUUACAAUGUGGUCAUCUGCAUUGCAUUCUACUACUUCUUUUUGUCCAUGACCAAUGUGCUGCCAUGGACCUACUGCACCAACCCCUGGAACACCCCGGACUGCACAGGGGUGGUGGGCAACAACUACCAGCUCAACAACAGCUUGCAAAAUGCAACCAGCAGCCUGGCAUCCAGAGUUUCUGAGGCAGCAAACCACACCAAGAGGACAAGCCCUAGUGAAGAGUACUGGAAAAACUAUGUGUUGAAUAUCUCUGAUGACAUUGGGAACUUUGGAGAGGUGCGUCUCCCUAUCCUGGGUUGCCUUGCUGUGUCCUGGUGUGUUGUCUUCCUUUGUCUCAUCAGGGGCGUUAAAUCCUCUGGAAAGGUGGUAUACUUCACGGCCACAUUCCCCUAUGUGGUUUUGACCAUCCUGUUCAUCCGUGGCAUCACCUUGGAUGGCGCCAUCAACGGAAUCAAGUAUUAUCUGACUCCACAGUGGCAGAAAGUUCUGGAUGCCAAGGUAUGGGGAGAUGCAGCGUCACAGAUCUUCUAUUCUCUUGGUUGUGCCUGGGGUGGUCUCAUAACCAUGGCUUCCUAUAACAAGUUCCACAACAACUGCUUCAGAGACAGCAUCAUCAUCAGCAUAACAAACUGUGCCACCAGUGUGUAUGCCGGCUUUGUCAUUUUCUCAAUUCUUGGGUUCAUGGCGCACCAUCUGAACGUUCCAGUGUCAGACGUGGCCGACCACGGUCCUGGGCUGGCCUUUGUGGCCUACCCAGAAGCCCUCACACUGCUCCCUAUCUCACCACUCUGGUCGCUACUGUUCUUCUUCAUGCUUAUCCUUCUGGGACUGGGUACUCAGUUUUGUCUGCUGGAGACACUGGUGACGGCAGUUGUUGAUGAGAUUGGAACAGACUGGAUCAUCAAGAACAAAACCGUAGUGACACUGUCAGUGGCAGUACUUGGGUUCCUUCUUGGAGUGCCAUUGACAACGCAGGCAGGAAUCUACUGGUUGUUACUAAUGGACAACUACGCAGCAAGUUUCUCUUUGGUGAUCAUUUCCUGCAUCAUGUGCAUCUGCAUCAUGUACAUUUAUGGUCACAGGAACUACUUCAAAGAUGUUGAGAUGAUGCUGGGUUUUCCUCCUCCUCUCUUCUUCAAAGUGUGCUGGAGAUUUAUCUCUCCUGUCAUUAUCUCGUUCAUCCUGAUCUUCACUGUGAUCCAGUAUAAGCCUAUCACCUACAACGAUUAUGUGUAUCCCGGCUGGUCCCUGGCUAUUGGCUUUGCUAUGGCACUGUCCUCAGUGAUCUGCAUACCUGCCUAUGCUCUGUACAAGAUCUCGAAGUCUCCAGGAGCCACCUUCAGAGAGCGAUUGAAGGCCGCCUGCAGAGCACAUCCAAAGUGGGGCCCCGCCCUGCAAGAGCACCGCACAGGCCGUUACGCCCCUAUGGGCUCUGAAGAAACUGCUGAAGCCCGCACCUUAAAGGAGAAGGAAGAGCUGAAGGAAGAGGAAAAGGAUGAGAUCAGCCUCACCAUCCAGGGAAGCAACGGUUCCACCAAUACACACAACAACCCCAACCCUAGCGCAUAGAGUGCACCCUGAUCUGUCUCCUCCUCCUUUCUCCUCCCUUCUCCUCCAAUGUCAUCCCACUUUCCCACA